CAUAAGUACAUCAUAUGUAUCAACUUUUUAUAUAUAAAGUUUGUGUAAAUAUAUUCGCAAUGCUUCUGUUGGAAUAUGGAGUACCUGUACCUUUAGCGUACCCACUGUAUGCCGAGCGAGCAGCUCUUUGUAGCGACAAGCUCAAGUCAACUUUUUUUCUCUGACUGCUUCACACUCUCUGCUCAACCUCCGACAUCUCCGACUGCACCACCGAGAGCCGAAGAACGAAAGCCAGCGAGGCUUGCAGUACACUAGGAUUGGGAUUCUUUUGUUUUUAUUUCUUUCUUCAUUUAGCGAGCGGAUUCUUUUUCAUUGACGACACCAUGGACGCCGGCCGAGCCGAAGCAGCACAGCCUGCAAACAAAGACAGCGCAGCCGCAACGUGCGGCGUUUGCGCUACAAAUACACCAAAAUAUAAAUGCCCAAAGUGCUACUUGCCUUACUGCUCCGUUGCAUGCAACAAAGUGCAUCGCGAAAUGCACCCGCCGGAAGAUCCCAACGCUCCUAAGCCGAGCAGACCGCAGGAGCAGCAACAACCAGCUGACGCUGCUGCUGCACCGACACACAAGCACGACCCGACAAAUCCGUUUGCCGCGCUCGACAUGUCGUCCGACCGAUUCGAACAGCUAUUCAAAAAGUACCCCGGCCUGCCCAACCAGUUGCUUGAGAUACACACGGCAACGCAGCCACCAGUGGACGGCGACGAGCCGGACCGCAAAGGCAUCCCGGCAUCUCUGCUGAAAGGAUUGCCAAAAAAACACACUUGGAACCAUGAUAUUGGCAUCAAGCAAGGAAAGGACGCCUUGCGGAAGGCUAGGAGGGCGGACGGCGAGCAGGGCGAGGGUAUCCGAGAAUACUGCGAGCUGAUUACAUAUCUGAUGAAUAGCGGCGAGGGUGCCAAUGAUGUGUCUCUCGCACUGCAGCGUCAAGCCACGGCGCAGGAUACACAGCUGGUUGAGCGACUCUUGGCGGAAGAAAAGCGUUGAAGAACUACAAGUCCGUUUGGAGUGCAACGUGUUUUAUCAGGUUGAGCUUCCUUCAUCGUUUGAAGCGAGCGAAGAAGCCAGUCUUGGGAGACAGUGCAGCUGCUCCGGCCUUUUCCUCGCUUGCUGCUGGUGCUGGUGCCGGUAUUGGUGCAGCAGUAGUGGUAGUGGUAAUAGUAGUAGUUGCUGGAAUGGCAGAAGCUACAGGAGCCACAGGGGCUACAGGAGCUGCUACUGGGAGAGUAGCGCCCUGCGACAAAGUUGGGGAUGCAACAAGUGCAACACCUGAUGUGAUUGGUGGUGGAAUGGCAAGCGCCGGGGCCUUGUCGUCCUUUGCAUUCUUGGUGAAGCUUCCCAGCCGUCCGCGGAUGGACCAGCGCGAUUCUGGCUUACGCAGCGACAGCGAUGUUCGUCGGUGCUCAAAGGCCGAUUCAUCGCUUUGGGUCCAGUCGACACGGUGAGACUCGGUGGUAGCAGCCAGCUCGGCGUGGUCAACAGUGGCCUGCUUGUCGAAGCCAAAAUCACUGCGGAAGCUGACGGUGGGAAUUCGCCCUUCCGACUUGCCGAGCAUGCUUCCAGUGCUCUUUCUGCGAUCCUCCUUGAGCUGCUUGUCUAUAUCGGCAAUGGUGAAGUGGGCGGGAGACGCUGUCAGAGGGCUGGAGGCAUUGGCGCCCUCACCGGCAAGGAGAGACGACGGGUGCUGGAACUGGUUGCGGGUAUAGUUGCGCUCCCGCGUGCUCUGGGCUCUUCGAAUGGCCGCGGCCUGGGAUGCCGGGUUGGAGUUGGCGCUAGAUGCCGGGGCCUCUUUGCUGGUGCCCGGACCCUGCAUGUGGAAUUUCAUGGCUACUUUGGAGAGCUUGUGGACAAGGUUCUUCUCGGGAGGGGAAUCGCCUAUGGUAGUGUUGGCAAAUUGCGAUGCCGCGACUUGUGGUAUAUAGUGACCGUCCUCACCAAAGACAUCACUGUCUUCGUUGGACCAAGAAUCUCUAGGCUUGCUCGCCUUGCGGGCUUCCUUUCUCCUCAACCUGUCCUUGUCCGACUCACGGGUCUCGUGAUGUAAUGCGCGUAGCUUUGUUUUAGAAUGCUUGAGAACAGGGGCUUUGCUCUCCUUGUGCUUUUGCAGGCCCACAGAAACGUCUGCCUUCUUGGCGUGGCUGUUGCUGCUGGCGCCGUGAGAGACCUUUUCUGUAGUUGAGCUCUUUACGCGGCGCUUCUUGUCUGUGCCGGCUUUCUGCUCGGCGAGCACCUUGUUAAGCCGCUUGGUGAGCUCGUUGGGGUCAAAAGACCUUGGCUCACUAGAUUUAGUCUGUGGCUUUUGUCGAAUAGAGGGUUUGGGCAUCAUCUUGAACUUUUGCGUCGCGGGCUGCUCAGCAGGAUAGCCGAGGCUAGGAUAAUGCAUUGUCUAUAGUCGUGAAAAAAGCACCAAAGUUCCAAUUUCGGUAAGGCCCUCAAGUUGUUGUAAACGAGUAUACCAGCUGUGGGAACAGGACGCAAUAGCUAUAUAUACGACUCUCGGUUGUCAUAAAAAAGUUGCGGGCAGGUGACGCUGUGCCACUGGCUUAGCAGUAUAGUGGCUUGCUUGUUUGCUUGCUAGCUGGCUCAAGCAGGAGUCAGUCGAAGGGGGGGCGGCGCCACUGUUGUGCGUCUCGUGGUGUAUAUGCAGGCGAGACUAUUGGCGACGGGUAGCAGGGGGGAGGGUGUAUUUGGUGUUGUAGUAGCUGGAAGAAUAGCAAAGGGCGGCUGUAUAGUACUGUAUGGGUAAAAACAGUGGCUAAUGCACGAUAUAGCCUCCCUGUAUGUACGUAUGCCGCACGGCGUGUCGAGAUCGCAAGAUUUGUCGUACGAUGCUGCUGAUGCCGCAGACGGGCGAGAGUGUGAGCCUGGACCCCAGCGAUAUAUAGGCAAACCCAGCCAAGCGCGGGGAAGGACGACCGCAGCAGGAAACCCCGGUUUGGGGGUUAAGUUAG